AAAAAAACACUUGAAAUUACCAAUGAAUUCGCACGAACCAUACGAUUUAAGAAUAACAUCAAUUGUACCCAAAACUGGAGAUGUGCAUUUUGAAUUUUAUUCACGUAAAUCGGACCAGAAAAUUGUACAAGACUUAUUAAACCAUAUGAUAGCAAAUGGUUCUCUCGGAUCUGGGACUGUGCCACUGGUAAAAACAGCGCUAUCCUUUCAACAAGAACCAUCGUUAUGGUUAAAUAAAAUGGACGUGAAUAAAAAUCGAGAUUCCAUACCCGAAGGAGAACCGUUUAUUAUAUCAUGCAUAGCUCAAGGACCAUCAGAUAUGCAGUUCAAAUGGUUUAAAGAUGGAAUCCCAAUUAAUACGUCAAUAUCAACUAGAAACAUUUGGACAAAAAUAAAAAAGGUGGACAAACCCGAUUAUAAAUCUUCAAUGUUAGUGAUCGAACACGCUGACAUAUUGGACUCUGGGAAAUUUACAUGCCAAGUGUCUGAUCAUUCUCACCAACAAUGUCAAUCAGUGGCGUUAACCGUGAUCCCUCUACCCGAAGUUAUAAUGAAACCGUUCAUAACAGUUAGACCGGGUGACAACGUGACGAUUAUGUGUUUCUUAAAAAAUGAAUUCACAAAGUUUGGAAGUACGUGGUUAGACAGUGAUAUGCAUUUGGUGAAAAUCGACAAGAACGUAUACUGGGAAGAUUUACACCGUGGAGGUAGCGUGCUAUACGUGAAGAAUAUAACGUCGUCAGCCGAGUAUAGAUGCGAAGCUUCUAACCGGGCAGGCAGGCGUGAUGCCACUGUGUACGUAGAUGUCCUCAACACGAACGUGAUGGCACAUUGUGCUGCGGAUGGCGUGUGGCCGAUGACCGGUGCUGGGAAAUCGGCGUCCUCGGAAUGUCCGAAAAAUAGGUCAACCAACUACGCAUCGCGUACGUGCGUGCUGACAGCCGCCAAUCGAACCGAGUGGCAAAAGGCCGACUAUUCAGGGUGCGCGCCAGAUGACCUGAACAAAAUUACCAUGAACUUUCGUAAAAAAACGUUGGGUUAUGAUAAGAUCAACGUGACGGCUGCGAAAACAUUGAGUUCUCUGUACAGUGAACUUCACACCAUCGCCAAAUGGUACCCGGGCGAGGGUGAACCUAUCAUUGAUUUCCUUGUGUCCGUUACGUCGUACCUACAAAAAUCGUACGAUUUGGCAGACCUAAACCAAACGUCUGAUAGUUUUGACAACAUACUCAGUAUGCUGUUGGAAAACGGUUCGGUGGUUAAUGAAAAGAAAAUCUUUCAACUUCUGGAUAUGAUCGAAACGUGGACGCUAUUGAAAGCGUUUUACUUGUUCACCAACAUAGAAACUAAACAAUAUACCAACCAGAUCGAAAAUAUAUAUGUGGCGUCAGCCUCAGAAAUAGUAAAAAAUGAUAGUAAAAAUAUAACACACAGGUUUUACGACAAGCAAAUCAUUAGGUCCUCACAACAACCAAAAGUAAUCGUUUCCAUGUGUGAUAUUCAAAUUGACAAAUGGAUUAACAAAUCUUUCAAUGUAGGAGUCAUAACAUUUAAAAAUCUAUCGGAGAUUUUUCCAAAAAAAUAUUAUAUUAGUAAGAGCAAAGACGGCGAGAUCGAGUACAACGUGAUGACGCCACUGGUGUCGGUCACUGUGGCGCAGGAUGGACAACGGAUCCACAAACACUGGCCGACCAUUGUGACGGAGUUGGAGUUCAACCUUACGUUGCCGUGGGUAGUAAACGGAACAUGGAAUGUAACAUGUGUAACCACGACCAAGCUCACCGAUCAUCAGUGGGACCUGUCGUCCUGUCGGGUAGUGAACGCCUGGUUACCAUCGACCAACGUUACCCGUUGCCACUGCCCAUCAGCCGGUUUGUUCACAGUACUCGCAAGAGUGGUGCCCCUGGACGAAGGAGGUCAAAGUAUUUCAAAACAAGAUGUGGUUAUUGUGUUUGGGUGUGCUUGUUGCCUGGUGCAAUCGACAAUGUCUCUGAUGCUGCUGGUCACUCAAUGGGUUAAGCACCCGACGUGCAUUGUGUACUUAAAGAUACAGCUGUGUUUCGCAAUUAUAAUCCAGAUGUGCAUGUUUCUGUACGCAACGAAAAAUAACGACUAUGGAUAUUUUUCGCUGUACUUGCAAAUAGUGACCAUAAUAGAAAUAACAUCGCACUUGAGUCAGUUGCUCAUCGUCUAUACAGAGAUAAUUAGUUUUCCACAGUUUUCCAGUAUUAAACUACCAAUUAUUGGCGUAGCGACAACUGCACCCGUGUUAUUUGUUCUCAGUAUUAUGUUAAGUCUGAAUAUUAUUGGUGCAAAACCUAUUCGGCCAUGGUGGUCAUGGGAGAACUCUGCAUUUAUCUACAUUUAUUUCAUAAUCUUUAUACUUCUCAUGAUUAUGUAUUUAUCAGUAUUAACAAUCACCAUCCCCAAAUUGAAAUUUAUAAAGCAAAAACUUCAACGAAACACACCAACCAGCAUGAAAAAAAGAAUGGGACUUAUAAUCAGAUCAAUAGCUAUUCUGUUAACCGUCAUAGUAACAAUUGUUUCCAGUAUCCUGCACAUAAUCUACAUGGGAGAUUUCACUAAAUAUUUUUUCAGUUCAUCAUGUGGCAUACAAGGUUUCGUUGUAUUAUAUUGCUAUGUUUUGCACUCGGAAGAUCCUUUUGACUUGAAAACUGUUUACCGAUCGAAAUCAUCACCACCACAAUCAUUCGAUGAUAACCAUUCGGAUUCUGCUGGUAGUCCAUUAAAUCAUUUUUCUAAAAACACUGUAGAUUACGAGAUAAAACAAUCAAUAAAAAGUGAUAUCCUGGAAAUAACAGAUAACCCGCAAGAGUAUUUCAUCACACAAGAAAAACCAGUAUCGAUUGUCAGCAACCUUACUAGCUCAUUGAAAAAACUUGAUAAUAAUACCGAGCCAAAAAAAUCUGUGACAUUUCGCCAUGACUUAAUUACAGGGUGUCACGAAAAAUCAUCCGAUGACCACGACACUGACAGUGGUUGUGGUGAUUACUGUGGCAAUGGAGACAAGAGUUGUUGUUCAUACCAAAACAACAAUCGGUCACCAUUAUUGGAUACGACGGUUGCUGAUCCUGCAGACGUAGUGGACGACUGGCAGCCGGUGGAAUUCUUAGAUGCCUCACAGCCGACUUCGAUGCCACCACUACCGGCCGGAAGCGACACUUCUAUCCGGUGCGUGGUGCAACCACCACCUGACAUGUUGGCCACGCACGUGUGCGUUGAAGUCGGCCUGGUCAAACAGCAUACCACUAUUGCGGAUGACUCCCCGACGAUCGUCGUCUGUAGUGUGGACGUGGAACCAUGCCGGCAGCCCCAUAUGCUAUUUAUGUCUGGAAUGACUGAUAAAUCGUCUUCAACUGCACCUGAACGGUCUGAUGGCUCUGCUGGUGAUAGUAACGAUGAUGACGUUCUAGACCGAAUAUCACAAGACUUGGACUAUCUGCUAAACCGCAAAAACGUUAUGAACUCGAAUUUAGUUGAUUCAGAUGGCGAUGGUGAUGCUAAUUGCAACCAUAAAAAUAAAAUCAAAGACCUGACCUAAUUCUAAGACAUAAUAUUCUAUUCAAAGGCUUUGAAGAAACUCUAAACGCCAAUACAAACUAUGUAUAUUCGAUCACACCCCAGUACCCACCGAAUCACACUCGCCGAACGGUGAACACGUUUUUGGUUACCGUUUUCCUCGAAUUUAUAUUAAUUUACAUAUGAUUAUUAUUUAUACGUUAAAUAAUAACUAUUUACAUUUUUUUUUCUU